UGUGUCUUCUUCCUCGGUGUGUUGACCGUACUGACCGAGUCUGUCGGCGGGUCUGUUCACAUGCUAAUGACCCAGAGGGCGGCGGCGGCGGGGAGAGGCGACAGGAGCUCGGUGUGUUCACUCCUAUGAGAAUCACACCUCAUACACUCCUCUCUAGUAGCGUGCACUUCACGGGACUGUCGGACUAUUUAACACCGUAACAGGAAGACACUCGCGGGAAAAUGUAUCUUCGAGCACUGAGAGGAUGAAGGGGAGGAAUCCUGGCAGUGUGUGGAGUUUGUAGAAACAGCAGCCCUGGCAGCCAUUCGGACUCCUGCUUGAUCACUCGCCCUGCUUCAUGAGGCAGCAGGAUGCAGCUGAGGUCCUCGCACUCUCCGAGCGCCUCCUCAUAGCCUCACACAAGGGGCACGCUGAAAAUGUGGUCCAGCUCAUCAACAAGGGCGCAAAGGUAGCCGUCACAAAGUAUGGCAGAAGCCCCAUGCACCUGGCUGCCUACAAAGGCCACAUUGAGGUUGUGCGUAUCCUGCUCAAAGCCGGCUGCGACCUGGACAUCCAAGACGACGGGGGGCAGACUGCGUUACAGAGGGCUGCUGUGGUGGGAAACUACGACAUCAUCAACGCUCUCAUCCAGGAAGGGUGUGCGCUGGACAGACAGGACAAGGAUGGGAACACUGCUCUCCAUGAAGUGUCCUGGCACGGCUUCAGCCAGUCGCUCAAAGUCCUGGUGAAGGCCGGAGCCAACGCUCAUGCAAAAAACAAGGCAGGAAACACAGCUCUCCACCUCGCGUGUCAGAACGGUCACACUCAGAGCUCCAAGGUUCUGCUGCUGGGGGGGGCCAGGCCCGACAUCAAGAACCAACAGGGGGAUACGUGUCUGCAUGUGGCCGCUCGCUACAACCACGUGGCCGUGACCCGCAUCCUGCUGGGAGCCUUCUGCUCCGUGUCCGAGAGCAACCAGGCUGGCGACACCCCACUGCACGUGGCUGCUGCUCUGAAUCAUAAGAAGUCUGUGCGCCUGCUGCUGGAGGGGGGGGCAGACAGCCACAUCUGCAACAAUGCAGGACACACAGCUUUGGAGCAGGCCAGAGAGCACAACAACCCAGAGGUGGCUCUUCUGCUGACCAAAGCUCCAAAGGUGCAGAGUUUUGUGCGUGGCCGUAGUGUGAGGAAGAGGAGAGACAAGCUGAAGGAGGAGGGCCGAGCGCAGUCUGUGCCCAGAGACCAGAUGCUGCCAUGCAAGGACAGUGUGUCUCCUGCAGAUGACUCCCAGAGCAGUGAGCAAGGAGCGGCCUGCAAACUCACCGAGUCCAACACCAGGGGGGGGAAGAGCAGGAAGCAGAAAGACAAGCCAUCUUUGUCCGAGCCCCUCCGCCGCAAAGAGACCAAGUCCGGCGAAGCUCUCACCAAGAGGAAAUGCAAACAGCGAGGAGCCCCCCUGCAUGGGUCCAUCCCUCCACAUAACUACAAAGCCUAUCAGCUGUACACACUGUACCGCGGCAAGGACGGCAAGAUCAUGCAGGCUCCUCUGAAUGGCUGCCGCUGUGAGCCUCUCAUCAGUAAACUGGAGAACCAGCUGGAGGCCACGAAGGAGGAGAUGAAGACUGAGAUCCACACUGUGCAGGACCUGAUGAACAGCAAGAUGGGCCAGCUAGACCGCAAGAACAAACACCAGAUGAGAGCUCUCGACAAGAUGACAGUGGAGAGGGUGUGUGCGGAGAGGACGGAGUGUGUGCAGAGGAUGGAGCAGCGGGCCCUGCAGGAGAGGCUGGAGGCUGAGAACAGACAGCAGGCAUCUCUGGUCCGGGAGCUGAAGAGCUGGUGUCUGUCCAAGCUGCACAGCAUGGAGCCCGGCAGCCCCCCCCUGAGGCGCUGCUCCUCUGUGGCCGAGGGCCUGGACCAGCUGCCGUCAGACCAGGGGGGGGGGGCCCAGAGCCAGGAGCACCAGCACAGCCCUGCCCCCCUGGACUCCAGCCCGGGGGGGCCCAGUUUGGGGGAGGGCGGCUCCCCCAAACAAUACUUUGUGGUUCAUGUGGAGAGCUCUCCAGAUGGGGGGAAGGCUCAUUGUGCAGAGAGUUCCUCUCCUGCAGCAGCUAAGAGCCCGACUUCCUCCGUGCAGGUGGUGCGGCCCAAGGAGCGUCCUGUGGUCUGUGCUGACAUGCAGAAAAAGACCCUGGACCUGCAGGAUGUGGACACUCUGGAGGCCGGGGCGAGGGGGGGCGGGAUCUACAGAGCCAGCAGCCUGUCCCCGGCCACAGAGCGCCGCAGCAGCAGCAGGACUGAGUCAGGGCUCAAAGACAGGGAGCGGGGGCGGGACAGAGGGAAGCACCACAGGAAGCACUCCCAGGGCAGGACUAAGUCCAGAGGGGGGGCAGGGGUUCGCACUCUGGAGGUGUUCGGAGAGAAGCCCAGCGAACCCUCUUUUGCUCAGGAGAGGGACGCCAUGCACGCUCAGGAGGUGACGCAGUACUUCUUUGAGGCGGUGUCCACGCAGAUGGAGCGCUGGUACGAGAGGAAGGUGCAGGAGGCCCGCUGGCAGGCCCAGCAGAGGGCCCAGAGCGAGAGGGCCGCCCUGCUGGAGAGGAUCCACUGCCUGGAGGACGAGCUGCGCAUGCUGAGGACUCACAGGCAGGACGACUGCUGACACACACCAACACACACCAACACACACCAACACCUGACACACACCAACACCUGACACACACCAACACCUGACACACACCAA